AAACAAAACAUUAAAAUACAAUGAAAUGAAAAGGCAAGCAAACUAACUUAAGAGUUUCCAUCAUUUAACCAAUCCGUGUUGCUAGGUCCAUCAUCACGAAAAAGCCUUCCUCUCAUAAUAGCCUUUCAUUCUAGCUUCCAAAAUUAUUUUGUUUCAGGAGACAUAUGACUUGUAUCUAUGGCCAUGGUUUCCCAAUCCUUCUUGUCUUCAUUUUCUUUGCGUUGAUACUCCCUUUCUUUGCGUACAUACUCCCUUUCUUUAGCAUAUUCUAUUUGCAUUGCCUAAUCAUCUUCUUGGGCUUUCCUGUCUAUUUCAACUCUCAAGGCGCUUUGCCUUGCAAUUUCCUCCAAAAAUUUAGAGGCAUUACUGGUACAAUUAUUUCCUCUCUUUGCCUUCGUCGCCUUCCUCCCAAUAGGCCACGGCUCCCUUUCAAUGGGUGAGUCUUCACUCAUAGGGGAUUCCAUAGGCGAAUCCAAAGCUUGUGAAUCAUGGAGUGGCGUCUCGUUUAACACCACCGUUGGAGCCGUUGGAAUAAUGCUAAAUCUCUUACAAUGCUUCACCACCUCCCAACAAAUCCUCAUACAUCUUCUCCUUCUCCAACUAUUAUUCACUUUCUACUCAAUAUUUUUUUCACUUUCUACUCAAUACUUUUUUCACUUUCAAGUUUAAUUUUUCUCUAUCAUUAUGGCUUUUUCUCAAGAAACCGGAGGGGCAUGGAGCAUCAUGGAAGAUAUCUUGUUGUGUGAGUGUUAGGUCCAAAUUAGUCAUGAUCUCAUAUCGGGUAAUGAGAUGAAAUUCAGUCAAAUGUGAAAAAAAUUCAUCACGAAUUUGUUGAAAGAUUGAGUUCCACCUGUACGGAAAUGGCAUUGUCUAGUCGGUGGAAAAUUCUCAACAAAGAGUUGGGGAAAUGGAGAGAUGCCCUCACAAAAGCGAUGGAUAACCAAAGAAGCAGGGAAAAUCUAAGCAAUGAGAUUAUGCAAGCUCAAAUGUGGUAUGGUGCUGCUGGACAAGGGAAAAAACCUUUCAACCAUACCCAAUGUUGGGAGGUGGUGAAGCAUUGUAAGAGAUUUAGCAUUAUUCCAACGGCUCCAACGGUGGUUUUAAACGAGACGCCACUCCAUGAUUCACAAGCUUCGGAUUCGCCUAUGGAAUCCCCUAUGAGUGAAGACUCACCCAUUGAAAGGAAGCCGAGGCCUAUUGGGAGGAAGGUGGUGAAGGCAAAGAGAUGAAAUAAUUGUACCAGUAAUGCCUCUAAAUUUUUGGAGGAAAUUGCAAGGCGCCUUGAGAAUUGAAAUAGACAGGAAAGCCUAAGAAGAUGAUAGGGCAAUGCAAAUAGAAUAUGCUAGAGAAAGGGAGUAUGUACGCAAAUAAUGGGAGUAUCAAUGCAAAGAAAACGAAGACAAGAAGGAUCGGGAAACCAUGGCUAUGGAUACAAGCCAUAUGUGCCCUGAAACAAAACAAUUUUGGAAGCUAGAACGAAAGGCUAUUAUGAGACGAAGACUUUUUCGUGAUGAUGGACCUAGCAACACGGAUUGGUUAAAUGAUGG